CCGGAAACGGAAAGCUUGGAACCAGGCUCAUGCUGCAGAGCGGGUUUACUGUCCUGAAUCCCUCCUGUGUACGGGAAAGGGGAAUGUUGAUCUAAGCACUAAACAGCAUCUCUUCAACUUUCAAGACUGACUGCUAAAGACUCAGCCUGAGGAAGAAGCCUGGAAGAGGAGAGAGAAGGAGUGAGGAAUGGCUCUGUCUCAGGCGCGAUUGACCUUCAAGGAUGUGGCCAUUGAGUUCUCUCAGGAGGAGUGGGAGUGCCUGGACCCUGCCCAGAGGGCCUUUUAUGUGGAUGUGAUGUUGGAGACCUACAGGAACCUAGUCUCCCUGGAUGUCUCUCAUAUACAUGUGAUCAAGAAAUUACAGCCAGUGACAAAUAGUGAUAGCAGAGAAGUAUUCCAAGCAGUGAUGUUGGAAAGACAAGAAAGCCCUGAAGUGAAACAUUUUUACAUCAGGGAAAUCCAGGAAAAUACGUAUGACUUUGGGUGUCAGUGGAGAGAUGAUGAAAGAAAUUAUAAAGGAAUGCCUGUAACCCAGAAGGAAGAUGCCCCUGACAGAAGUGACCAGCAAGGUAGGUGGAAUGCAGGAAACAAGCAUAUUGAUAAUAGGCUUGCAUUCAGCUUUCUGGACGAACUGCAUAUAUUUGAGAAAGAUAUUUACCAAUGUAAUGAGUGUGGCAAAACCUUUAAUCAUGACUUGUCCCUGAGUAGACACCAGAUAAUCCAUACAGGAGAGAAGUUAUAUAAAUAUGGUGUAUGUGGAAAUUCUUUUAGUCAAAAGUCAAACCUUGCAAGUCACUGGACGGUUCAUACUCAUGACGAUACUUACAAAUGUAACGAGUGUGGCAAAACCUUUCAUCAUGGCUCAUCCCUCAGUAGACAUCAGGUCAUCCACACAGGAGAGAAAUUGUAUAAAUGUGAUGUAUGUGGCAAAGUCUGUAGUCAGAAUUCCUCCCUCAAACGUCAUCAGAGAAUUCAUACAGGAGAAAGGCCUUAUCAGUGUAAUCAGUGCGGCAAAACCUUUAAUCGUGGCUCUCACCUCUCUGAACAUCAGACAAUCCAUACAGGAGUGAAAUUAUGUAAAUGUGAUGUAUGUGGCAAAGUCUUUAGUCAAAAUUCAUGUCUUAGAAUUCAUCAGAGAAUUCAUAGUGGGGAGAAACCUUACAAAUGUAAUGAGUGCGGCAAGGUCUUUCGUCAAAAUUCACAUCUUGCAAGACAUCAGAGAACUCAUACUGGGGAGAAACCGUACAAGUGUAAUGAGUGUGGCAAGUUCUUCAGUCAGAAUUCAAAUCUUGUAAGUCAUCAGAGAAUUCAUACUGGAGAGAAACCUUACAAAUGUAAUGAGUGUGGCAAGUUCUUCAGUCAGAAUUCAAAUCUUGUAAGUCAUCAGAGAAUUCAUACUGGAGAGAAACCUUAUAAAUGUAAUGAGUGUGGCAAGUUCUUUAAUCAAAGGGCAGACCUUACAAAGCAUCAGAGAGUCCAUACUGAAGAGAAUUCUUUCAAAUGUAACGAGUGUGGUAAGAUCUUCUGUCGAACUUCAAAUCUUGUAAGUCAUCAGAGAAUUCAUACUGGAGAGAAACCUUUCAAAUGUAAUGAGUGUGGCAGAUUCUUUAGUCAAAGGGCAAACCUUGGAAGGCAUCAGAGAGUUCAUACUAGAGAGAAACAUUACAAGCAUAGUGAGUGUGGCAAGGACUUCAAUCAAAAUUCACUUUUUCCAGUUUCAUCAGAGAGUAUAUAUUGUAGAGAAGCCAUUCAAGCAUAAUGAAAUUGAAUUACCUUUCAUCAGAUAUCUACCCUCACUAAACAUCAGAUAACUUAUACAUGAGAGAAAUCAUACAAAUGUGACAUAUGUGAGAAGGCAUUCAUUCAAAAUUUAUACCUUAUAAUUCAUCAGAGAAUUCAUAGUGUGGAGAAGCCGAGCAUGUGUCAUGAGCAUGGCAAAGCUUUUGUGCAUGCAAGCAUCCAUUACUGUGAAAUAAUGAAUACUGGAGAGAAACCUUUAGAGAUGUAAUUAGUACCUCAAAGUCUUUCGUCAAAAUUCAUACCAUAAGAUCCAUGGAAGAAUUCAUACUGGAGAGAAAACUUUCAAAUGUAAUGUGUGGCAAAUCCUUCAGUGUUCUGUCAAGCCUAACUUACUAUCAGGUAAUCCAAUCCAUACUGGUGGGAGACGUUAAUAAUGUAAUGCAGUUACAAGGCUUUUGUCAGGUGUUCACAUCUUAGGUUUCACUGGAAAAUUCAUUCUGGAUAGAAACUAGGUAAAUGUAAUUGUUGUGGCCAGACCUUUAGAGGAGGAACUCAUUCAUUAAAGAACUCAGGCUGGUGGGGAGGGUAUAGCUCAGUGGUAGAGUGCGUGCUUAGCAUGCAGAAGGUCCUGGGUUCAAUCCCCAGUACCUCCAUUUAAAAAAAUUAAAUAAAUUAAAAAAAAAUAAAGUCUGUCUGGAGAGUACCUCACCAGUGCCGUGAGUUUGAAACAAUAAUCUUACUUCUCAGGUGGGACAGCUGUUGUUUGUGAGUGACAGGUUGCCUGAAAGAAGUGGUAGGUUUGUCAUCCUCACCUGACAGGAAGUCCAGAGGGUGCGGUGUGGGGUGUGGUGGGUCCUCUGCCCCCCUUAGUCCUCACAUUCCUUGUAGCUACAUGCCUGCUGUGUGGCCAAGAAAAGUGAAGGUUGAGGGGGCAAAACCCUUUACAUUUUAAGAAUUUUGGGGUGGGGGAUAUAGCUCAAAUGGUAGAGCACAUGCUUAGCAUACAUGAGGUCCUGGGUUCAGUCCCCAGUACCUCCUCCAAAUGUAAAUAAAUAAAUAAAUAAACCUAAUUACCUCCCCCUCAUAAAAACAAACAAACAAACAAAGGAAUUUUGUCAUGUUUUCAUGGAAACAAUCAUCCCAGAUAUUUUGUCUCUUACGGGUCAUGCUCUUCUGACAUGUCUAAGAAUCCUGCACCAAGUUUUGAAUUUUGAUGAUUUUAUUCUACAGCAAUUUUUAAAAACUGAAUCUCUUAUACUUUAAAAUUUUAUAAUGUUUUUAAAAAGCUUUGAUUAACUUUGAGCUAAUGCUUGUACAGAUGUGAUGUUUAAGGGAAGUGAAGAUCUUUUUUUUCCCCCCCUACUAUGAUUAUUUCACUGAUUAGCACCAGGUUUUGAAAAUUUUUCCUUCCUUGAAUUACCUUGGUACCUUCAUCAAAGAUCAGUUGGAACUGCAGUUGACCUUUAAACAUUGCAGGGAGUUCAGGGUGUCUGCUCCUGAGCAGCUGUAAAUCCACAUACAACUUUAAGUUGGCCCUCCAUAUGCACAGUUCUGCAUUGGUGGGUUUGACCAACCUCAGAUCAUGCAGUACUGUCGUGGUAUUAAUCAGAAAAAGUGCACAUAUAAGUGCAUAGCUCCUGUGUGGGCUGUUUCUGGUUUCCUCAUUCUGUUCCCUUGGUCUGUGUGUGUCUCACUCGGCAGAUCCCACACAGUCUUGGUUACUGUUACUGUAUUACAGAUCUUCAGGUCAUGUGGAGUGAUUCCAACCACUUGAGUAUUUUUCAAAUAUUUUAGCUCUUCUAGUUCUUUUUUUUUUUUACAUUUUGUAAAUUGAUCUUUUAGUUCUUUUACCUUUCCCUGUUAAUUUUAGAAUAAUCUUGGUUGUGUCUACAAGUCUUCAUUGGAGAUACAUGAAACAUCUAUGCUGAUUUGGGGAAUUUUAAUAUAAUUUUUAUGUAAUGUUUUCCAAUCAAUGACUAUGGUAUGUUUUUCUAACAAUUCACUAGAUGUGGUAUGUUCAUGUAAAAUGACCUAAGUAAAAGGUCAUCUUUGAUUUCUUUCCUUACCAUUCAUUGUAGGUUUCAGCAUAAAAGUCCUUGUUUUGCUAGAUGUACACAUUUUUCUUCUACUUUGAUGUUUUUGAGCAUUCACACGUAGCAUUAUCUAUUUAAUUUCAAUUUCCAUUUGUAAACUACAUGUGCAUAAAAUGACAAUAGAUUUUUGCACGUUGUAUCCUGGCACCUUGCAAAUUGUGCUUUUUCCAGAAUUCGUAUAGAUUCUUUUGAUUUUCUGCACACACCCUUUCGUUAAAUUUCCUAUUAAUUUCUCUAACAAAUUACCACAAACGAAGAGCCUUGAAGCAGCACAGAUUUAUUCUCUUCUGGUUCUUGAGACCAGAUGUGUAAAAUAACCCAAAGAACUGUGCUCCUUCUGGAUGCUCCAGGUCAGAAUUCAUUUUCUUGCCUUUCCUGGGUUCCAGAGGCCACUUACAUCCUUGCCUCAUGGUCCCCUGGUGUAUUUCCACGACACACUCAUUCAGUUAAUUAACAAAAUUCUUCACUAUCUUCUGAUCAUGUGGACAUUUCCUAAAGACAUUGUUUAAAUUAGGACACUGUCACUCUGUCAUUGUAGAUAGACACCUUCAUCAUACUUAACACGGUCAUAUCUUGCUUCACUAUUGCUGACUUUCCCUUAUAGAACAUAAACCACUUGAAGGCAAGGUAUUGAUUUUGUUUCCUGCCAGAUAUUCAGUGAUUGAUUGGAACUAUUCCCAACUGACAGAUGAGUGAGUGCACUUUCUCAGUGUAGGAAGGUUGCUGUUCUGCAUAGGCUCAUAGAUCAGUAAGUCAAAUGGUCAAAUAAACAUGUCAUUAUAUUUGUUCAACCAAAUUCCUUACUCUGUUAAAUUACAGCCUAAUGUUCUGAACAUAAAUUCUCACAGUAUAAUUUUUCACACAUUAUGAAUUUUCUGCAACAUGUGCUUAACAGAUCUAACUCUUUAUUGAAGGCAUGUCUUCAUGAAGUUUUUUUAAGCCACACUUAAUUCAUUUAUUAUUUGUUUUUUAAUUGAAGUAUACUUGAUUUACAAUGUUGUAUUAGUUUCAAGUGUACAGCAAAGUGAAUCAGCUUUAUGUAUACGUAUAUGUGUGUGCAUAUAUAUAGAUAUAUAUUCUUUUUCAGAUUCUUUUCCAUUAUAUGUUAACUCAAGAUGUUGGAUAUAUUUCCCUAUGUGAUACAGUAGGUCCUUGUUAGUUAUCUAUUUUAUAUAUAGAAGUAGGCUGUAAUAUUUUAUUUUUUCCUCUUUAAAAAUUUUUUUUUGGAGGGGGAGGUAAUUAGGUUUAUUUAUUUAUUUCUUUUUAAUGGAGGUACUGGGGAUUGAACCCAGGACCUCAUGCAUGCUUAGCAUGCACUAUAUCAUGUGAACUAUACCCUCCUGCCUAAGCCACAAUAUUUUAAACUCAAGACUCUCCAAAAUGCUCCAUUCUACACCCAUCACAAGAGUAAUCCUAUUUUUCAUAUAGGAUAGUUUUUAUUGGUGCGUGACAGACUGCAUGGAAAACGGGAACUGCAAGAAAUACGAGGUUUAUCAGUCUUACCUGACAGGAAGUGCAGAGGGUGCCGUGUGGUUUGUGACGGGUCCGCUGCCCCUUCUACCUCCAUCAGCACUUAGUCUUCACUUUCCUUAUAGCCACAUGGCUCCUAUAGGACUAAGAAGAGUGAAGGGUUGUGGGGAGCAUGGGGGCAAAAUGCUUUUCAUCAUCAGAUAUUGUCUUCUUUACCUGGAAACAAUAAUCCCAGUCAUUAUUUCCAAAUACUAGCCAUUUGCAUUAAGUGCCCACCAUAAUUUUAAUAAGAAGUGUGAAUUUUUGUAUUUCAUAUUUACAUCAUGAACAAAGAAAGGUAAAGGGGAAAGGUGUUAGGGACAGAUUAUAUCAACAGACUUUGUUCUUUAUCCUGAGAAUAUAAUACUCCAUGUAUCACAUAGCCACUCUGCCCAGUGUUGCAAAUGUCCAGCAAAAAUUAUUAGAAUCCUUAGUGCUUUCUAACUUGCAGGUUUAUUUCCUUUCUACUCUAUCUGAAUCCAAACACACUAAAAUAAUUCUCCAAUGGUAAUACAGUUAUUCUGACUCCAGAAUCAAGAUAAGGAAUGAAAGAAUUCAUUUUGAGAUGUUUUUUAUUCAUGCCACCAUACUUGAAAGUGAGAGAUACACAAAAGACCUGUAUUAAAUACUAUAAUACCACCUCCAAACGUACUUUAGUGUUAGACUCUAACUUAAAGUAAUAUAACUGUUAUAACUCUGGGAUGUUGAAAAUUGGGGAACCUACAUUAAAUAUUUUUCAUCAAGUGCUAGAGUCUCAAAUAGGAUUUCCUUGCUACUCUACCUAAAAUAGAUAAGCAACAGUGACCUACUGUAUAUCACAGGGUCCUAUAUUCAAAGUCUUGUAAUAGCCUACAAUGGAAAAUAAUCUGGAAAAAAAAUGUAACUGAAGCAGUUUGCAGUACACCUGAAACUAACACAAUAUUGUAAAUCAACUAUCCUUCAAUUAAAACACCCCAAGAUUUCCUUGAAAACAUAGAAUAUAUUCAAUUGAGGGUAAACACUUAAAAUGUUAUCUGAAAGUUGUUCUGAAAGACAUGAAGUAAUUCUUUAUUAUAUUAUUUUCCAUGUUCUUUUUUAUUCAUUGUUCACAGUGAAAUAUUGAGUCUUAAAAAUCAAAUGAACCAGUUUUGCCAAAUAUGGUGAGAGUGGAAAUCAUACUUUUCUCAUAAGAAUGACCAAAUCCGUAUUUCUUGCAAAUCACAAUAUUACACCAAGCAACUCCUCUUUUAGAGUUAGACUCAAAUGAUUUGAAAGCAUUUAUCCACAUAAACAUCCUGUGGAAGAUUGUUGAAAGAAGCAUUUUUGAUAAUGGCCAAAAUAUAGAAUGAACCCAAAGCUCCAUUAAAUGAUGAAUGAACAAACAAACUGUGAAAUAUUACUCAGAAAUAAAACAUGAUUAGGCACUGAUAAAAGUUCCAACAAGGAUGAUCCUUGAAAUCAUGAUGCCGAGUGCAAGAAGCUAGAAGGCCACGUGCUUUGUGACUUAAUUUAUAUGAAAUGCUCAGAGCGGCCAUAUCCAUAGAAAUAGAAAAUAGCUUAAUGAUUGCUUGUGGCUGGGGCUAGAAUGUAGAAUAAUCAUUGGGGACGGUGGAGCUCAGUGAUGGAGCACAUGCUUAGUAUGCACAAGGUCCUGCAUUCAAUCCCUAGUACCUCCAUUAAAAAUAAAUAAACCUAAUUACCACUCCCCCCCCCCAAAAAUAAAUCAAAUUUAUCCUUAAAAAUGUGGAGUAACUGCUAAUGAGUACAGGAUUUUUUAAGGGUUAAUGAUGUAUGAUGAAAAUGUUGUUGGUGGACAAUAUUGCAAACAUACAAAAUCCCACUGUAUCCUAUACUUGAAAACUGUGUAUUUUAUUAUGUCCAAAUUAUGCAAUAAAAGAAGCAUAAGCUAUUAUCUCCAUGUUGAAUUCAGAAAAUCAUUCUGAUCUGCUAACCAUGGCGUACAAGGUGUUGGAGACCUGAGUUCCAGAUUCUAUUGUAUGAAUGGAAGGAAGACAGGUUAGGGAAGCACUGGAGAGAUACAUUUUAUGGUAAAAUUAACAUAUCAUGUUUCCAGAGUCACUGUGAUGCACCUGCAGGUUGGCAACAAGUCUCUUGCCUGCCGUUAUGAGCCUUUAGUCCAUU